AUGUUGUUCCGCGCAUCUGUUCUCUGCAUGGCAGCUAGCAUCGUCAGCGUCCCUCUCGCUGCUGCCCUUCCCACCACUACCACCACCACCGACCGAGUCCACUCGGGCCCGACCCUGAUCUCCCGCGACGAUACACAAUGCAAUGCAAACACGGCCUUUUACGUCUGCAAACUCAAUAACUUCCGAGGCUGCUGCUCCGUCGAUCCCUGCGACCUGAAGGACGGCUGCCCAGACGAUAAUGAUAAUGACAACGACAACAACGACUCUUCCCGUCCCACAACCUGCACCGAAAAAGGAAAGAAAACCAAGCUCUUCCAGCCACAGAUGCAGACCCUGAUCCUCCCCAACACGGACCACCCGAUUUCCACCCCGGACUUCAACCUCAGCAAAUCCGACACGGGCGAAUGGCAGCAGAUUAUCUCGUGGAGUCUUCCCUCUGAAGCAAAAGACUGUUCCAUCGGAUGGAGUAUCCCCGAGAAGCGGAACUUCUCCGCGGGACACUCGGCGCUCGUCGGAGUAUAUGAUGUCGACGAUAAUGAUGAGAAGAAGAGCCUGGGGCAUGCGGAUUUCUCGUUCUGGCCUGAGACCAAGGGGCCUCGCACGAGCUUGGUGGCGUCUAUCCAGUGUAAGAAGGUUCUGACCCUGCGGUUGGCACUAGUCCAUAAGGAUAGGGUGUUUUUGGAGCAAAAUGGUGAGACUGGUUGGUGGGUGGAGUAUAGCUGCUAA